AUGAAGCUAUUCGUUGCUGUCAUCCUCUUGGCAUUCCAAUACGCCCAUGCAGCCAACCACUACUGCUCCAUCUGCAACGCGAAAGUUUCGCUGGGGGCAGGUCUGACGGACGACUGCUUCCUAAAGCCUGUGCUAAGUGACUGCAAGGCUGACGAACAUGGAUGCUACGCCUCACUGAAGAUCAACACUGCUGCCAAGACCAUGGAGUUCAAGAGGUCAUGCACGGCAGAGGGCAAGGAGUUGGGUCAGAGCAGUGUCAAUGGUGAUGAAAUCCUCAUGGAGAGGUUCUUCAGCGAAUACGGAAGCAACUGCGACAACGGUGAGAUCCUCUUCAGCCACAACAGCCUGUCCGGAGCUCAGCUGGCCACAUUCAAGGAUGCCGUCAAGAACUGGGAACGCCCGGAAUGCGACUUCACCGGCAGAAUUUAA